UUCGGGACGGUUGAUUUAGAUUCCUUAUUUCAUAGAGUGAUUCAUUUGAAGCCAUACAUAAGAAUGAGAAGAUAGUUUUUGACAAUCCACACUCGUUCAUCUCACUUAGCCCAUGGAAGGUCUUCAACUGUUUUCCCCUCCUCUAUUUUCUCAUGUUUGCUUGUUACAUAGGGACUAUGCUGCCUUCAUUAGAACAUUCUUUGUGCACGUGGAAGGAUCCACUGAAGUUAAGGCUCUUUAUUGGUCGUGCAAAGAACUCAUGUGUAAAGAACCUGAUAUCAGGAAGAAGAAGGUUCAUCUCUUGCUCAACUAAUAUGGCCAAGGACGCUACUAUCUCUUCAGAUAUACAACUAGCUAAUGCCAAAGUGAUCUACAGUAUUGCUCCUGCAACUGGUCACAAUCAGGAGUCACAUCCAGAGUGUAACCUUAGAGUUCCUGCAAUUGUUGGUGCUCUUGAAAAGAUGGAGCUUACUGCAAAGCAUCGGAGCUCAGAGCUCAUUGAGCUCAAGCAUUUUGGUCCAGCAUCAGUGGAAGAUAUAAGUAGUGUCCACGCAAGAGCGUAUGUAUUAGGUCUUGAGAAGGUGAUGGAUCAGGCUUCUGAACGAGGUAUUCUUCACAUUGAGGGGUCUGGACCAACAUAUGCCACAGCAUCCACAUUUCAGGAUUCAUCGAUUGCAGCUGGAGCAGGAUUAGCUGUUCUUGAUGCCGUGGUGGCCGCAUCUAGAAAAUCUCCAGAGCCUCCAUCUGGAUUUGCUUUGAUAAGGCCUCCUGGUCACCAUGCUGUUCCAGAAGGGCCUAUGGGCUUUUGUGUUUUCGGGAACAUUGCUAUUGCUGCUCGUUAUGCUCAGCGAGUACAUGGAUUAAAGCGUAUAUUCAUCAUUGAUUUUGAUGUUCACCAUGGCAAUGGUACGCAUGACGCUUUUUAUGAGGACCCAGAUAUAUACUUCCUUUCAACUCAUCAGGAUGGGAGCUACCCAGGUACAGGUAAGAUUCAUGAGGUAGGCCGUGGUCAAGGAGAAGGCACAUCCUUGAAUCUGCCACUGCCUGGAGGAUCUGGAGAUGUCGCUAUGAGAACUGUUUUCGAUGAAGUUAUUGUGCCAUGUGCUCAAAGAUUCAAGCCCGACAUAAUCCUAGUAUCUGCUGGCUACGAUGGACAUCUUUUAGAUCCUUUAGCAAGCCUUCAGCUCACAACAGGAACUUACUACAUGCUCGCUGCGAGCAUAAAACAACUUGCCAAAGAGCUAUGUGGAGGGCGCUGCGUGUUCUUCUUAGAAGGGGGAUACAAUCUCGAAUCUCUCUCCUAUUCAGUGGCGGACUCAUUCCGUGCUUUGCUUGGGGAGCCUAGCCGUGCGUCUGAAUUCGAUAAUCCAGCUUUUCUGUAUGAAGAGCCUUCAACCAGAAUCAAGCAAGCAAUUGAAAAGGCGAAGGCUAUACAUUCCUUGUAGUAUGUUGUAUUUCACCCUUGUAUCAUAUUGUUGUAUUAAACUGAAUCACAUAACCAUAGGAUCUAAGAUAUGUAUAUAUGUAUAGUUUCUUGAUCAUCUUCUGCUACAAGCUUACAACAUACUAAAGCUAUUCUGAAGUAUGUCCAUAUUUCCAACUUGACCAAUUGAUUCUUCUUGUGCUUAUGGCAGAAAAUGUUACCAAAUUUAGAUUAA